GAAAUGUAAGUAUUUCAGUAUCAACCUGUCAGGUUUCAACAUUGCUUUAUUUCAUUAUCACUAAAUUUAGGAAGUUAGAAGGCUAACCGUUCUCUUUUUAUCUCCUGGUUGAUGAGAGACCACCCGUUUACAUUGCACAACUGCUUCUGCUUGAGCGACUGCACUGCUGACUCUGUCUCUCUCCACUUGCGCACAUGUGUUCAUUGUGUAAGAUGAGUUGGCAAAGUAACCGGUGACGAUAGUUACGGAAAGCGUGCUCUGCAGGAACAGUAGCUGCAGAGACUGAACCGCUGGCAGCAUGUGAUCAUCUGUUCAAACACACACAGCUUGCUUUAGUUCUCCCUCCUGGAGUCGUAAAGCAGACGCAGUUGAAAAGCCCCUCACUGGGGGCCUGACACACUAAACACCCCCAACCUCUGCAGGAGUCGAAGGGGCCCUGUGUACCUCCUCAGAUAGUUUUUGCUGCCUCACUAUGUGUUAACAUGCACAUAAAGGCAAAUUUCCUGUUUUGCAUGCUUUGUCUGUGAAGAUAAUCGAAGAUGUCAUCUAAGAUGCAAAGCUCUAAUAAUAUAGCCCAGGCCAGAAGGACUGUUCAACAGCUACGGAUAGAAGCUAACAUAGAGAGAAUAAAGGUGUCUAAAGCUUCUGCAGACCUCAUGCAUUACUGCAAUGAACAUGCCAAGUUUGAUCCUCUACUUAUGGGUAUCCCAGCUUCGGAAAACCCUUUUAAGGAUAAAAAGCCAUGCACUAUAUUGUAGUGGGAUGCUUGAACUCUUGCUGUGUGUUUUGAUGUUCCCUUUUAUUAUUUUUUAAUAGAAAGAAUAUGAUCUUCAUACAUUCAUUCACUAUUCGCCUUAAAAUGAGCUAAACCGCAAGCUAUUAUUUGAUUAAAUCCGCACUAGAAAUGUUCCUGUUGUCUGUAAAAAGGAGAGUCAAAGCUCCUAGUAAACAAAUCAUUUGUGGUGCAAAGACAAAACCAACCCA